GGGAAGCCCGGCCUCCUUUCCGCAGCACGGUAUCAUGGCUACUAAACCUAAACAUGGAGACGACUUUCCCUUUUAUCUCACCGACUCACAACUUGUAUCUAAUUCAACCACCGUUUAACCCUGUCAUAUAGGCUACAUUAAUGCAUUAAAGAUUGUGUUACAUGGGCUAGGUUGGGAAUACAUUUUGGCUGAUGUACAUUUUGUUGAAAUAUAUAUACUACUGGCAAUAAACAACAUUGUAGAAGAUUGUUCAAAGCCGUUUUCGCACGUUUUCUCGUGCCUUUGAACGUGUUCUGUACAUGCAAUCGCCUGCAGGCUCGAGGGCUUUUUCAAUUUGGCACAAAGACCCGCAGACGCACCUGGAGCCGCUGACUACUGAAGGGAGAGUUUUGUGUUUUGUUUCUUUUAGUAGGUUAAUUAUAGAUUAUUUUGAUUUUUUUAAAUAUCAGACUUAAUUAAAUUCACACAUGAUGAAAUCGGUCUGGUGUUUUGACGCGGAUUUAACAAUGAAUACGUCCUAAAAAAAAAAAUCCCACUCGCCCGUUCAGAUGUGGUUUUGUAGCUGGAGACGGUUUUAUUUUGAGGCACCGAGGCGCCCAGGGAACUCUGCAGUGGAGAGAAAUUUAGCGAGUCCCAUUUUCCGUUGUCCCGAGAGCUGAAGUUUCUCAACUGCGUCGAGCAGACAGACAGACUGGCUGGGUCGCUAAGGAGGAGAGGAGAGGAGAACUGGCGUGUGGUCUUGACUCUUUCCAGUAUCUAGAGGCUGUGCUGUAACCUAGUCUGUUGUAAUGCGCAUUCCCGUAGAUCCCAGCGCCACGCGGAGGUUUAGCCCGCCGUCCGGUAGCCUCCAGCCGGUCCCGGCCAAGAUGAACGAGCUCAACACGCCGACCGGGACCGGGCAGCAAGACAGCACGGUGCCAAGGCUGCGCCUACAGGAGAACCGGACCAUGGCGGAGAUCAUAGCGGACCACCCGGCGGAACUGGUCCGGACUGACAGCCCAAACUUCCUCUGCUCGGUUUUACCGUCUCACUGGCGCUGCAACAAGACGCUGCCCGUCGCCUUCAAGGUUGUGGGGUUGGGAGAGGUGACUGAUGGGACGGUCGUAACGGUGAUGGCGGGGAACGAUGAGAACUACUCGGCCGAGCUGCGGAACGCAUCGGGAGUGAUGAAGAACCAGGUGGCUCGCUUUAACGACCUGCGCUUCGUGGGCCGCAGUGGACGGGGAAAGAGCUUCACGCUGACCAUCACAGUGUUCACCAACCCACCUCAAGUAGCAACGUACCAUCGAGCCAUUAAAGUCACCGUGGACGGACCCCGCGAGCCUCGGAGACAUCGUCAGAAGCUGGAGGAGUCUCCUAAAACAGGGCUGUUCUCAGACCGUCUCAGUGAGCUGGAGAGGAUCAGACAGACAACCAUGAGGGUUGCCGUGCCGACACAGUCCCAACAACAGCCGCUCAACGCUGGACACAACCCCUUCAACCCCCAAGGGCAGACACAGAUACCAGACCCUCGCCAGUCCCAGUCGUCUCCUCCCUGGUCCUAUGAGCAGUCCUACCCGUCCUACCUGAGUCCCAUGACCUCCCCGUCUGUCCACUCCACCACGCCUCUCUCCUCCAGCCGAGCCACGGGCUUGCCCAACAUCACUGACCCGGCCCGCCGCCUGCCAGACCUCAGUCCGUUCCCAGGCCAGUUUGAUCGUCAGUUCCCGGGUCUCCCCUCUCUGACGGAGUCUCGUUUUUCCAGUCCCAGAAUGCACUACCCCACCACCUUCACCUACACCCCUCCCGUCACCGCCGCCAUGUCGCUAGGCUCCACCCACUACCACACCUACCUGCCCCCUCCCUACCCCGGUUCCGCCCAAAGUCAGAGUGCACCCUUCCAAACCAGCAGUACUCCCUAUCUUUACUAUGGAGCCUCCUCUGGGUCGUACCAGUUCUCCAUGGUUCCCGGGGGGGACCGCUCACCCUCCAGGAUGGUUCCUCCCUGCACCAGCGCCUCCACCGGCAGCUCCCUGGCUAACCCUAACCUGCCCAGCCAAGGUGGGGGAGAGGGGGCGGUGGAGGGGGACGGGAGUCACAGCAACUCCCCCACUGUACUCAACCCUGCUGGGGGGCGCAUGGACGAAGCUGUCUGGAGACCCUACUGAGGAGUUGGAAUAGAUGAAGGAGGCGGAACACGAGGAGGAAGAAGAGGAGGAAGAUGAGGAGAAGAGGAGGAAGAGGAGGAUGAAGAGAAGGAGGAAAGGAGAGGAGGCCCGAAGAAAGUAGGUGUGACAAUGUAACUGAUGUCAUGGUUUUUAAAGCACAAAUCCUUUUGAAAAGGGAGUUGUUGAGUUGCGAUGAAUAAACACCAGUGUCUCCUGCAUCUGGAAAUAUACUCUGAGAUAAAAUGACAAAAGAAACAAAAGUAAUGACUAGUAUGAACCUGUCUGGAGGAAUGUGCUGUGGCCAGACAGACAGACACUACAAAGGGAUCUCGUCUCUUCUCAGCAUCAAUGAGACACAAACAUAAACAAUUAUGGUAGACUGCCGGCCCCAGUGGAGAAGACAUUAUAUUACUAAAGUAUUACCGCAUAGUAAUCAUAGUACUACAAUAUUACUAUAUAGUACUAUACCAUAAUACUAUAAUACUACUAUAUAGUACUAUACCAUAG